GUUAUUUCUCAGGCAAGCCACAGUCUCCAUCACAUAGGUCGGCUGACCACUUGCGCUUUUAUCUUCGCCUUCCUCCAUUUCCCCUCUUGGGUCUUUCUCCGACCUUCUCGAGAGAGUCAGCAACUCCGGACUAAAAUUACAGCGAUCGGCGACAUGGACUCGAUUCUUCAUCAGGAACUUCUCCAUCUCCCUAUCACACGUUUACGUGCCACUGCUACAUCCCCCAUCGUUUCCUUCGCUCAACAGCUCCCUUGCCUUCUCUCAUCCCGCCCUGGCCGGAGACUCCUUCCUCUAUCCGCCAUUUCUCAUCCUCGUCGGUCCUCAGCUAUCGCCGCAAGUGGCGCCUUCGUGGCUAGUUCUGUACCGCCCAAAAGUGGAGUGUAUACAGUUGGGGAUUUUAUGACUAGGAAAGAAGAUUUGCAAGUGGUAAAACCAACAACUACUGUGGAUGAAGCCUUGCAAACUCUCGUGGAACACAGAAUUACUGGUUUCCCAGUGAUUGAUGAUGACUGGAAACUGGUUGGUCUUGUGUCAGAUUAUGACUUGUUGGCAUUGGACUCUAUAUCAGGUGGCGGAAGAACUGAUAACAGCAUGUUUCCAGAGGUUGACAGCACUUGGAAAACUUUUAACGAGGUACAGAAGUUGCUCAGUAAAACCAAUGGGAAACUUGUUGGCGAUUUAAUGACACCAGCUCCUGUAGUAGUUCGUGAAACCACCAAUCUAGAGGAUGCUGCAAGGUUAUUGCUCGAAACAAAGUACCGCAGACUUCCAGUUGUAGAUUCUGAAGGCAAACUGGUUGGAAUUAUAACAAGAGGAAAUGUUGUAAGAGCUGCUCUUGAGAUAAAGCGUUCCAUUGAAGGGGAUGUGUAACACCCGAAUAUUCUUCAAUAGUCAUUGUGGCAGGCUGAAUCAAAUUGUUUCCAUGAGCUCGUAGGAGUUAAGCAAAGUGGAGGUUGGAGAAACUUGGCUUCAUACAGUUCAUUAGACCUCAAUUUUGCUGUUCGUAGUAUGGUAUAGCUACAAGUAAUUACCAGGAUCAAAGGAUUAGGGACCAAUAAUUCUUGUUGUUCCCUCCAUUUCUACCACUACCAGUCCUUCCACUUUAUUCAACCCUCAAAAAGGAAGAGACAAAUAGUGGGAAAAGAAGAAAAAAAAAAAAAAAAAA